AUGUGGAAUGACGGCAACGUUCGUACACCGGAGGCAUCGUCGGAAGAUUCUGGUUCGGAGGACGAAGAUGCUGCCGACGAUGUGAAUUAUAGUGCGCAUUUUGCCACAGACACGCUGUUUCCAACGUUUGAUGAGGCAGUUAAUUGGGCGUAUGCUGUUGCCGUGAAUCUCGGUUUUCUUUUGGUUAAAUCGUCUUACAACAAAACUAGAGACGGUCGGCCGUACCGGUAUUUGAGGUGUGAUAGGGGCCGAAAGAGCCAGCCGAGAGAUCUUGAGAAUGCAAUUAGGGUGGACACCAAAACCAAAGCAAUUGGUUGUCCUUUCUACAUCAAGAUUUAUUAUGUCUUCGUCACCGACAGUUGGAAGAUACGGACCAAGAAUGAUGCAACUGGGACCCAUAACCAUCCAAUGAUUGUCUAUCCGGAGGGUCAUCGUAAGAUCAGUGGCUUGAGCCCGGAAGCCAAGAAGGUUGUGCAGGACAUGACAAAGUCCAAGGUUGCACCGCGGAACAUCAUGGCGACAAUUGCAGAGCAAUUUCCCGAGGAUCAUCCAAACAUCCGACAUAUCUACAACUGCCGGAAUGACUUGAGAGCGGAGAUGUCUGAUGGGAGAGGAGUUGUUCAGCAAUUUCUACAUUUGGCGAGAGAGAACCGGUAUAUUUACUGGGUCAUGUCUGAUGAUGUCAACGUUAUGCAGCAUGCGUUUAUGGUGCACCCGAUCACGGUGAACAUACUACGGACGUAUCCGUAUGUGAUCGGUAUGGAUUCGACAUACAAGACCAACCGAUACGGGAUGCCGUUCUUCGAGAUAGUCGGUGUGACACCGACAAAUCAGAAUUUUCUCGUCGGUUAUGUGUUCAUGCGCAACGAGUGCACGGGAAGCUACCGGUGGGUCCUUCAGAGAUUACGAGAGUUGAUUGGGUAUGAUAAGGAGCCGUCGGUAUUUCUGACAGACCGUGAGCUUGGACUUUGUGCGGCAUUGAGAGAAGAGUUUCCAGCGACAUCGCAUUUACUUUGUCGAUGGCACAUUAACAAAGAUGUGGAGGCCCGGGUCACCAAUAUGUUCAAGAAUAAGAAAAUUGGGGCGCAAUUCAAAAACGGUCAUUGGAAACGUAUCAUGGAUGCCGCGACCGAGGCGGAUUAUAACUCAGCUGUAGACAGAAUGAAAACUCGGUGGGCUAGUUUCCCUAGUGUGAUUAGUUAUGUCGAGAGAACCUGGCUUUGUCAUAAGACCAAAUUCGUGACAUUCUGGACGAACCAGGUUCUGCACCUCGGUAACACGAGCACUUGCCGAGUUGAAAGUCAACAUUCGGCCGUGAAGAUGUGGUUCGAGUCUUCGACAGGUUCUUUGGAUACCGUCUGGGACCGGGUACAUAGUCAUAUUGGCAACCAGAUCAUUAACAUCCGUAAUUCAUUGGAGGCGUCAAUGUCGAAGAUCGGUGAAAAGUACAGACAGUUGCCACUGUCUCGUAUCAACGGCAAGGUGUCUCAGCAUUGUCUGAAAGUACUAGAUGACGAGACAAGAAGGAUGAGGGAACUGAGUUACCAGGUGCAUGACCGGUGUGGAUGUGCAAUGCGUGUGACUCACGGUUUGCCAUGCGCUUGCCAGAUUCAUGACUCGUUGGUUGCGGAAAAAGGGUUGUAUAGAAGGCAAAUUCAUCCGUUCUGGAAGACCUUGGUCAUCGGCGAUGGUGUUAAUGUACCGGAGUUUGUGGACGAUUCUAACGAAGAAGCUGCACAUUUCCGUUCCUUGGUUGAUGAGGUCGUUGCAAGUGAUCCUGCUGUACUUCGAAAUGUGUCUCGCAUGAUUGAGGAGGAGCUCCAUCCGGAUCAUUCAAACCUCGAAGAGCCGCAAGUGAAUCACAACGUCCGAGGUCGCCGAAGGAACAAUGAUACUAGACGACACCCAAGUUACUUCGAACACGUGGACCGUCGAUACACUCAACGUGGUACGCAGGAAACAGGUACGGCUUGCUCUUGUUUUUGA